GGGCAGUUCUGCACGCGCCGAGCGGGGCCCGGGGUGACAGCCGCGCGCCACGGCCAGGAUCAAAACUGCUAAGAUGUGCCCACAUCGAGGAUUCUUUCUGCCACAGGACACUUGCCGUGGUCAAGGAAACCGAGCCUGAAGCAGGGUAAUGGUAGAGAUGAGGGGUUCCUGUGUGAGCCAGAGGCAGCUGGUGGCUGAGCGCAAGAGGAAAGGUCUGGGGGCCUGCAGCAUAGCCCAGCCUUGUUCCUGCUCUGUCAUCUAAUUCACAGUUCCCAUACCUCCCACCUUUUGAUCUGGUGGGCCAUGGCCCAGAAGCUGUGGGCCACCAGGCUGCUCCGGCAUCGGAAGACCCAGCUCCUGCUCGUCAAUCUGCUGACCUUUGGUCUAGAAGUCUGUCUGGCUGCAGGGAUCACCUAUGUUCCACCUUUGCUCCUGGAAGUUGGGGUGGAAGAGAAAUUUAUGACAAUGGUCUUGGGCAUCGGCCCAGUCCUGGGCCUGGUAUCUGUCCCGCUCCUGGGCUCGGCCAGUGACCACUGGCGCGGGCGCUACGGCCGCCGCCGCCCCUUCAUCUGGGCGCUGUCGCUGGGCGUGCUGCUGAGUCUCUUCCUCAUUCCUCGAGCAAGCCGCCUGGCCGGGCUGAUGUACCCGGACGCCCGGCCCCUGGAGCUGGCCCUGCUGAUCGUGGGCGUGGGGCUGCUGGACUUCUGCGGCCAGGUGUGCUUCACGCCGCUGGAGGCCCUGCUCUCGGACCUGUUCCGGGACCCGGACCAUUGCCGCCAGGCCUUCUCCGUGUACGCCUUCAUGAUCAGCCUGGGCGGCUGCCUGGGGUACCUGCUGCCGGCCAUCGACUGGGACGCCAGCGCCCUGGCCCCUUACCUCGGGACGCAGGAGGAGUGUCUCUUCGGCCUGCUCAGCCUCAUCUUCCUCACCUGCAUGGCAGCCACGCUGCUGGUGGCCGAGGAGGCGGCCCUGGGUGGGGACCCCCCUGAGGGGCUCCCGGCGCUGGUGGCGCCUUCCCGGUGCUGCCCGUGCCGGGCCCGCCUGGCCUUGCGGAACCUGGCCGGCCUGCUGCCCCGGCUGCACCGGCUCUGCUGCCGCGUGCCCCGGGCCCUCCGGAGGCUCUUCGUGGCCGAGCUGUGCAGCUGGAUGGCGCUCAUGACUUUCACCCUCUUCUACACGGACUUUGUGGGGGAAGGGCUGUACCAGGGGGUGCCCCGGGCUGAGCCCGGCACCGACGCCCGGAGACACUAUGAUGAAGGCGUGCGCAUGGGGAGCCUGGGCCUCUUCCUGCAGUGCAUGAUCUCCCUGUUCUUCUCCCUGGGGAUGGACCGGCUGGUGCACCGCUUCGGGACCCGGGCCGUGUACCUGGCCAGCGUGUUCGCCUUCCCGGUGGCUGCUGGCGUGACGUGCCUGUCGCAGAGCGUGGCCGUGGUGACCGCUUCAGCCGCCCUCACGGGCUUCACCUUCUCCGCCCUGCAGAUUCUGCCCUACACCCUGGCCUCCCUCUACCACCGGGAGAAGCAGGUAUUCUUGCCCAAAUACAAAGGGGACACAGGUGGCAACGGCAGCGGCGACAGCCUGACCACCAGCUUCUUGGCAGGCCCCAAAGCUGGGGGACCCUUUCCCAAUGGACAUUCGGGGGCUUCCAAUACCGGCCUCUUCCCUUCCUCACCCCCUCUCUGUGGGGCCUCCCCUUGUGAUGUGUCGGUGAGGAUGGUGGUUGGGGAGGCGGCGGAUCCCGGGGGCCCGGGCCGGGGCAUCUGCCUGGACUUAGCCAUCCUGGACAGUGCCUUCCUCCUCUCUCAGGUGGCGCCGUCUUUGUUCAUGGGCUCCAUCGUCCAACUGAGCCAGUCGGUCACAGCCUACAUGGUGUCGGCAGCAGGCCUUGGGGUGAUAGCCAUUUAUUUUGCCACUCAGGUGGUAUUUGACAAAAGCGACCUGGCUAAGUGUUCCAUCUGAGUGUCUCCUGAUCCUCGGAGAAGGGCCAGAGCCAGAGUCUGCCCCCCUUUCCAUUUUCCUCCCGUCCCUCUAAUUCUGUCCUCCCCAUUCCCACCCUGUCCAAUACAGGUCGGGAUCAUAGCUCAGCCCACCUAGGGUUUCUCCCUUCCCUCCUACUUGGAGUCUGGGGGGGCUUAAAACCCCAUUCCUGUCACUGCCCAAGUGUGGUGGGGCAGGUGUUUGCUGCCUCCCUAUGGUGUGAAACACUUAGCUGAAGAGAUAAUUGAUGAGCAAUCAAAACUGGGGAGCCCUGGGGGGUCUUAAGUUCUGGCUUCUAAUUGGGGGGGCUGGAGUACACAGUGGGAGAAGGUACUUUUUGGGGGGCCUCACAUGAGUCUAUAGGAUCUUAGGGAUAACAGCUAAGAUCCAGAGUCAGGAUAGAGGAGAAAAAGGGUUUAUUUGGAACCAAUCAGAGAGGCCAGUUCCUCCUCUUCCUGCAAAGCUAUUUAAUGUUUCUCUUCUCUGAACUUAAGAGGGAUUUUCCUCCUGAGGCUGCUGCUGCUUAGGAUGUUUUAGCCUGGAACUCUCCCUUGCCCCCAACCCCAAGAUUGGUAAAUGUGAAACAAAAUGCCUUUUUCAUGAGACUUUUGCCCAGACCCCACCGUCCCCUCCCACCCCUCAUUUGAUCAAUAUCUGGAAACUCUUCCCCAUUCCACUGGCAGGACUUGGGUUUCUGUAUUUAACACCAGCACCGUCGACAGACUUAACUUAUUCACCAGAAUAGGAGGCCUCUACCCAGUGGGCUUAGAGUUCUUAGAUCUUCCAGGGACUGGUACCCUGCUGGCUGAGCCAAGUCUGUCCUUCCAGGUUCUAGAAACUAAGGAUGUUGCAGCCGGUUAUCCGAGGCUGGUCUCAUAAAAUGGUUCCUACAGUGCCUUGGCGUAUGUGCCCCUUUCGACCUUCCUCACUUCAGCAUGCACUACUUUCUUUUAGCUUUGGCCGGACGCGGCAGCCCGCUGCAUCCCUCCUCAGCAGCUCCACUGCCUUGGUUCCAUCCCUAACCGUGAGCUUGAGAUCCGUUUUCCUUGGUACUGGGACCCCUUCUGCUCCCACCCCCUCAAUGUGUUGCCCCUAGGCCCCUUGCCUAUCUCAGCUCCACAGGGCAUGCACUGUGCCAUGGGGGACACAAGAUCUCAGGAGCACCCCUGCCUGGGCCAGGAGGUCUUACCUCGGGGGUGUAAACGCUAUUUGCAAUAAUGUUUUGUGUCUUAUUUAUUUAGCUAAGUGAAUAUUUUGUACAGUGUGUAAGCAAUCAGAGUAUAAAGUUUAUUAAGGUGAAAUAAAGAAGCUUCUUAUAUAUUUAA